UCAAAAAUCUUUAGCUCUCUUCAAGUGGGUUUGAGGAAAGAACUGGGUUCAUAAUCAUUUGGUUAUGUUAGAGAAAGGGUACAGUGACUUGAGUGAUAGACUGAUAGUGCUUGAUGGUGGGUUUAACUGAGACUCUGUUUUCUUGGUCCCUUGAAGACAUUUUCAAUGAAGAUCUUUACAAGAACAAGGUGGAAAAGAUUCCUGAAUCAUUUCAGUCGGUUGACCAGUACUUUGGGUCUUAUCUGUAUCCUUUAUUGGAAGAAACUCGAGCUCAGUUACAUUCCAGUAUGGAAACUAUUGACAGUGCUCCAUUUGCGGAAGUAGUUGAUUUUAAAGAGUCCAAGCCAUAUGGAACAAAGCAAUAUACAGUCAAGGUUGAUUGUUGGCGAAACAGGUUCAGUGAACGUGGCAAUGAUCCAUACAAAACUUUGCCUGGGGAUCUUUUUAUUUUAGCAAAUGCUAAACCUGAAACUGUUUCUGAAUUACAACUGGCUGGCAGGUCAUGGUCUUUUGUAUCUGUAACUCAUCUUGUGUCUAACAUCUCACAAAUUCAGAAAAAAGAUGAGAAUGGGGAUGAGGAAACUUCUCUUUGUUUUAAAAUCGAGUCUUCAAAAGAGUUUGAAGUCGAUGAUAGCACAUCACUGUUUAUUGUUUUCUUGUUGAAUUUAAUCCCCAGUCGAAGAAUAUACAAAGCAUUGUACAUGCAGGGAAAUUUGACAAUUAUCAAAGAAGUUCUAUGCUCUGAUUCUGUGGCUCAGGAAAAUCCUUCCUAUGAGAAGAAUAAUGACAUCAUGGAGAAGGGGUUAGAUGAGAAUUUAUUGUCAGGACUUAAUGAGGCCCAAACUGGGGCAGUUUUGGCUUGUCUUGGAAUGCGGCAUUGUGGUGCAAAGUCUUCGGUGGAACUUAUAUGGGGUCCUCCUGGGACAGGAAAAACUAAAACAAUCGCUACUCUGCUUUUUACUCUGUUAAAGAAGAAUUGUAGGACUCUUAUUUGUGCCCCAACAAAUGUUGCAAUAACUGAAGUUGCUUCUCGUCUUCUGAAAAUGGUGACAGAAGCGGAGUCCAAUGCAAUGUUUUGUUCAGUUGGAAAAAUCCUUUUACUUGGGAAUAAGGAACGACUCAAACUCAAAGUUGGUUCAGAUAUUGAAGAGAUAUAUUUGGGCCACCGUAUUGAAAAAAUCAUCGAGUGCAUAGGACCACAAACUGGUUGGAGGCAUUGCUUUGCUUCCAUGAUAAAUUUACUUGAAGAUUGUGUUUGUGAUUACAAUAUUUACUUGGGCAAUGAGUUGACUGAACUCACUGAAGGGGAAGAACAAAAUAGUGCUCGUGAAGUGAAUGAUGAACGCAGAAGUGGACCAGGAGUUAGCGAGGGGAAGUGCAAAACAUUUCUUGAAUAUUUCAGAAAUAGAUUUCUCUCUACCGCAUUGCCACUAAGAUAUUGCAUUUCUAUCUUCUGUACCCAUAUGACCAAAAGCUGCAUUCCAGAACACAUAUUCAAGGAUAUGGUUUCUCUUAUCCUCUUAGUUGAUUCCUUUGGGAUGCUGUUGUUUGAAGGUAAUGUUAUUUCAGAAGCAUUGGAAGGCCGUUUUUCUUGUUCAGAGGUUGAGGGUGUAUCUGAGUUAUAUGUAGCUGACUCAAUUCCUCUUGUCAUGAAGAGAAAGGAAUGCCUUGUAGCUUUACGCACUCUACAGUAUUCUCUUAGUAAACUUCAACUUCCAGAUUUUAGGAACGGAACUGAUCUAAUGGAUUUAUGUUUCCUAGGUGCAUCCUUAGUAUUUUGCACUGCAUCUAGUUCAUUUAAGCUGCAUAGACAGGAAAUGGAGCCAUUUACCUUUGUGGUUAUUGAUGAAGCUGCACAGUUGAAAGAGUGCGAGUCAACUAUACCCCUGCAACUACCAGGAGUAAAACAUGUAAUUCUUGUUGGUGAUGAACGCCAAUUGCCAGCUAUGGUGAAAAGCAAUGUUUCUCAAGAAGCUGGUUUUGCAAGAAGCUUGUUUGAGAGGUUAAGCACAAUGGGUCACCCAAAACACCUUCUAAAUAUGCAGUACAGAAUGCAUCCGUCAAUAAGUUUCUUCCCAAAUUCUAGUUUCUAUAAUAACCUGAUCCUGGAUGCUCCAAAUGUCACAAAAAAAAGCCAUGAGAAGCACUAUCUUCCAGGGCCAAUAUAUGGUCCUUAUUCUUUUAUAAAUGUAAAUGAUGGAAGAGAGGAGAAGGAUGAGGAUGGACAUAGUCGAAAGAAUAUGGUUGAGGUUGCUAUUGUUUUGAAAGUACUGCGGAAUCUUUACAAAGAAUGGUUGAAUUCAAAACAGAAACUCAAUGUUGGUGUGGUAUCUCCCUAUGCUGCUCAAGUAGUGGCAAUUCAGGAAAAUCUUGGACAAAAGUAUGACAAUCUUGAUGGCUUUAAAGUGAAGAUAAAUACAGUUGAUGGGUUCCAGGGUGGGGAAGACGACAUAAUUAUAAUGUCCACUGUAAGAUCCAACAGCCAUCAAUCACUUCAGUUUAUUUCAAAUAUUCAAAGAGUCAAUGUUGCUCUCACAAGGGCUAGGCACUGUCUCUGGAUUUUGGGCAACGAAAAAACUCUAUGCAGUAGUGAUUCUGUUUGGAAGGACUUGGUUCUUGAUGCCAAAAGUCGUGAAUGCUUCUUUAAUGCUGAUCAAGACAAGGAUUUGGCCAAGGCCAUAGUAGACGUAAAGAAAGAGUUGGACCAAUUGGAUGAUUUGCUCAACGCCGACAGCAUACUUUUCAAAAAUGCCAGAUGGAAGGUGCUUUUUAGUGAUAACUUUUUGAAGUCAUUCAAGAAACUGACGUCAGCCUCUUUGAAGAAGUCAGUGCUAAACCUUCUACUGAAGCUUUCAACAGGCUGGAGACCUAGGAAGCGCAAUGUAGAGACAGGUUGUAGUAGCUCUUCACUAAUCUUGAAGAAAUUUAAGGUUAAAUCUCUAUAUAUUGUUUGCACAACAGACAUUGCAAAGGAUAUUGUUUGCACAACAGACACUGCGAAGGAUAUGAGAUACAUUCAAAUAUUAAAGGUCUGGGACAUAUUGCUCCUGGAGGAUAUCCCAAAGUUGGAAUAUCGCCUGGAGACUAUUCUAAACAGAUAUACAGAUGAUUUUAUUAGUCUUUGCAAGGAGAAAUAUCUUGAGGGUGAUUUAGAAGUUCCACAGAGCUGGCCACUUUCUCUGGAAUUUUCCCGGUUCAAAGAUCCUACUGUCACUGAAACCAAGAGAGAUUUUGUUGGUGACACUUCUGAUGGCAGGAGUUAUGUUGAGAAUUCACAGGUCAGCGAGAGUUUGUUGCUAAUGAAAUUUUACUCUUUAUCAUCUGGUUUGGUGAACCACUUACUCUCUGACUCUGGGGUAGAGAAUUGGAUCUCCCGUUUGAAGUUACAGACCAAGAAAGGGAGAUUAUACUUCAUCAGAAGUUCUUUUAUAGUUGGACGGUCAGGUACUGGGAAGACCACCGUCUUAACCAUGAAGUUAUUCCAAAGAGAACAAUGGCACCAUUUGGCUGUGCAGGGAUGUUAUGGUACUGAAAACAGCAAUGAUGAGCAAAGUUCUGCAACUACUGAAGGGAAAAUUCUACGCCAGCUUUUCGUUACAGUGAGUCCUAAGCUAUGUUUUGCCAUCAAGCAACAUGUUACACAUUUGAAAAGUUUUGCGUGUGGUGGAAGUGACCCAGCUGAAAGAAGUUUGAUUGAUAUAGUUGAUUUUGAUGAGGAGCAAUCCCAAUUCAAGGAUAUCCAAGAUUCAUUUCAUGAUAUUCCUCCGAGUUCUUACCCUCUUGUGAUAACAUUCUAUAAGUUCCUGAUGAUGCUUGAUGGAACAUUGAGUAACUCAUACUUCGCAAGGUUCUGCGAUGCAUCACUUCCUCAUGGCCAAUUUAGAAAUUCGAGAUCAGUUGUGUUCCAGGCCUUUAUAAGGACAAAAGAAGUCAAUUAUGAGAGGUUCAGUUCAUCAUAUUGGCCCCAUUUUAAUACUCAGCUAACUAAGAACCUUGAUGUUGCAAGAGUCUUUACAGAGAUUAUUUCUCAUAUAAAAGGUGGCUUGGGAGCUAUAGAAGCAUGUGAUGGGAAGCUCAGCCGGGAGGAUUAUGUUAAAUUGUCAGAUGGCCGAGCUUCUAAUUUAAGCAAGCAAAACAGAGAACAGAUAUAUGAGAUAUUUCAAGCUUAUGAAAAAAUGAAGAUGGAAAAUAAUGAAUUUGAUCUGGCUGACUUUGUAAAUGAUCUUCAACGUCGACUCAAGCAUGAGAAAUAUGUGGGUGAUCAGAUGGAUUUUAUUUAUAUUGAUGAGGUUCAAGAUCUCACAAUGAGUCAAAUUGCUUUGUUCAAACAUAUGUGCAACAAUGUUGAUGAGGGAUUUGUUUUUUCUGGUGAUACAGCACAAACAAUUGCCAGGGGUAUUGAUUUUAGGUUCCAAGAUAUACGACAUCUGUUCUACAAGAAGUUUGUGUUGGAUUCAAGAAGCAAGAAGCAAGAUGAAAGAAAAGGAAAAGGCCAAAUUUCUGAAAUAUAUCAUUUGACUCAAAACUUCCGUACGCAUGCUGGUAUAUUGAAGUUAUCACAGAGCAUUAUUGAGCUACUAUAUCGCUUUUUUCCUCUUUCAAUUGAUGUUUUAAAACCAGAAAGCAGUCUGAUUUAUGGGGAAGCUCCGGUUGUGCUUGAAUCUGGAGAAAAUGAAAAUGCAAUCAUCAAAAUAUUUGGAAAUAGUGGAAAUAUAGUUGGCUUUGGUGCAGAGCAGGUGAUAUUGGUACGAGAUGAUAGUACUCGAAAAGAAAUUUCCAAUGUUGUUGGGAAGCAUGCUCUUGUCCUAACCACAGUUGAGUGCAAGGGCCUUGAGUUUCAGGAUGUACUCUUGUACAACUUUUUCAGCUCAUCUCCGUUGAAAAAUCAAUGGAGGGUUAUUUAUGAUUACAUGAAGGAACAAGAUUUACUCGACUCUACAUUACCCAAGAAAUUUCCAAGUUUCAGUGAAGCGAAACACAACAUAUUAUGCUCUGAAUUGAAGCAAUUAUAUGUUGCUGUUACUCGCACAAGACAGAGAUUGUGGAUUUGUGAAACUGUAGAGGAGAUUUCAAAACCCAUGUUUGACUAUUGGAAGAAAAAAUAUCUUGUGCAAGUUAGGCGACUUGAUGAUUCACUUGCACAAGCCAUGCAAGUUGCAAGCAGCACAGAGGAGUGGAGAUCCCGUGGGAUUAAGCUAUAUCGUGAGAAUAACUAUGAAAUGGCCACAAUGUGCUUUGAAAGAGCUGGUGACACUUACUGGGAACAAAGGUCCAAAGCUGCUGGCCUUAAAGCUAUUGCUGACCGUAUGCGAAUGUCAAAUCCUGAAGAGGCUAAUUCUAUUCUUAGGGAAGCUGCUGAAAUAUUUGAUGCUAUAGGGAAGGCUGAUUCUGCUGCAAGAUGUUUUUCUGAUUUGGGGGAAUACGAAAGAGCAGCCAGGAUAUAUUUUGAGAAAUGUGGUGAUACUGAAUUGGAAAGAGCUGCUGAAUGUUUUACUCUAGCAGGAUGCUAUGAGGAUGCUGCAGAUGUGUAUGCUAAAGGCAAUUUUUUUUUAGAGUGUCUCUCUGUCUGUGCCAAAGGCAAACUAUUUGAUAAAGGUUUGGGAUACAUCGAUUAUUGGAAAAGGCAUGCAGUAGAGAACUCUUCUUUAACUAGAGGAGGAGAGGGGAUACAUAAGAUGGAACAAGAAUUUCUAGAGAGCUCUGCACUCCACUAUCAUAAGAUGAAAGAUAAAAGAUCCAUGAUGAAAUUUGUUAAAGCCUUCCAGUCUAUAUCAUUGAUGCGGAAUUUUUUGAGGCGUUUAGGUAGCCUUGAUGAACUUCUUUUGCUGGAAGAUCAAUUUGGAAACUAUUUGGAAGCUUCGGAGAUUGCACAGAUUAAGGGAGAAAUUCUACUUAAAUCCAAUUAUCUUGGAAAGGCAGGUGAAUUCAAAGAUGCCUCAAUGCAUAUCCUAUUCUAUGUACUUGCCAGCUCUCUUUGGUCAUCUGGCAGCAAGGGCUGGCCCAUGAAGAAGUUUGCACAACAGGCAGCUCUUUUGAAAAAAACCAAGUCAGUUGCCAAGAAUGAGACAGACGACUUUUAUGAGUUGGUUUGCACUGAGGUUGAUAUCUUAUUGAAUGAACAGGAUAAUUUGGCUGUGUUUCAUCAAAUGAAGGCUUCUCAGAGACAUGCAAGUAUUAUAGGUGAAGUGUUAUCUGCUCGAAAAAUGUUGGAUUCCCAUUUUUCUCUGAGGACUGAUAAGUACUUGUGGGAAAAAGAAUUGAUCAGUGAUUUUGCGAAGCAUUCUGAAGACAUGAUAUCCCAAAACCAGGUUUCCAUCGAAUCACUAGUUUACUUCUGGAAUUUUUGGAAGGAAAAGAUUGUUCUCGUGAUUGAAUGUCUAGGAUGCCUUGAAACCCAAGAUGUUAAUGUAAACAGAAGUUAUCAAAAGUUUUGUUUAAACUACUUGGGAGUAUGGAGGCUAUCUAAUCAAAUGAAUCCUGUGUACGUUUUACUCUUCCCUGAUGCUGAUUGGGUCAGAGAUGUGGACAAAAGCUAUUUCCAAAGUCAUGGGAAGCUGGUCUCCAUUGAUGUUCGCCAGCUUAUUUCAGCUGCUCAGAAAUAUUGGAGUUCAGAACUGCUUGCUGUAGGCAUUAUGGUUUUGGAAAAGCUUGAUGAGCUUUCCAAGUUCUCUAUCAAGAGUUCUGAUUCAACAUUCUUCCAGAGCAGGGCUCUUACCUUCAUCUAUGAUGUUGCGGUGUAUCUCUUGAAUUGCAAAUGUUUGAAGAGAAGGCCUCAAGAUGCCAAGGCACUGCAGAAAUUUGUAACUUUCUCAACUGAAAGGUUUGUUGCUUGCGUGUUUCCUUUAGAUUGGAGGGAAUCAUUUAGAGAGAAUAUGAUUUCUCUUAGAAGAACUGAUGCUUCAAAGAAUGUGCUGAAUCAAGUUAUAGUUGAAUACAUCAGCUCAAAGAACGAGCUGUCUUAUGGUCAAAUUGGAAGGAUCGCAAUGACCAUUCUCGGGUCUGGUAAGCUGAAUUUUGAACUAUGUAAGAAGCUUGUGAAAAAGUUGGACUCCAAUCCACCAUGGAAGGACUUUAUUGAGAACCUAUGUGCGAGUACUGAACCUGGAAAUACCAGUCAGAAGCCUAGAGAGGUGUCUGUUAUGUGGCUAUUAUCUGAGGCUUUAGUUGAAACUUAUGAUGCAAACUGGAGGGUUGUUAAAGACUACAUAUCACCUGGUUGUUUCUUGUAUCUUGUGGAGCGUCUUCUGAUUUGGGCUUCUCAAUGUCGAGGUUAUGUUAUCACCACAAGUUCUUGUUUCACUGAAUGGCUGAUGUACCAGGAUGAAGAUACUCAUGUGAAACCAUCUAUAGAAGGCAUCCUUCAUUUUGUUAUUAAUGUGGUUACCGAAUGCCUUGGUAACAAGGCAGAUCUGAUUGAAUGGAUUAGAAAGUCUAAUGCAGAUUGGAAUACCUGUUAUUCACUACUCGUGCCAAGAUUGGUCUUUCUACUAUGUUUGCUUUGUGUGAACUUUGGAAUAUGCUUGGAUGUACUCUCUGAUGUGCUGGGAAGGAGCUAUAUCACUGAACAACUUCCAUGGGAAUUUUACGACACCCUUAAGAGGCGGAGGAGGAACAAUUUUCUGAAUAUAAAUGUGGAAGUGCUUGCAGCAGCUCUCAAGAAGAUUCACAAUACUUUGGUAAUUGCUAGUUUUGGGUUUGAUUGUUCAAGGUUCGUAUGCCCAGAUGCCAUCUUUGUUGACAUGAAGGCCAUUCAGUCCAAGGAUGACCUAUUCAGAAUAAUGUUUCCUAAACCACCAGUCAUUCAAGUUGCACCAGGUCGAAUUGGAUUUGUUGAAGCUGGAGGUAAUACUCUUUGUGAUGGUGUACUUUCUGUAAAUGAUAUCGAUGCAGGGAAGAGCUCUUUAAACUCCAACUUGGUGGGAGACACUGAUGAGCUGCUUGAUGCUGAAGACGGUCAGAGUAGAGGUGAGGAAAUCUGCAAAGCCAAUGUGUCUACACCAAUGUGUCCACAACCUGAUGCAGUCUCGGCUUCUACUUCUGCAACCCAAGCAAACAAAAAGGGCAACCGCAAGAAUAAUACUAAGAAAAAUAAGGCGCGAAGAGGCCGAAAGUAGCCAUCACAUGCAACUUGAAUUUUCUCAUGUAGGAAUGUUCUUAAGUUUAUGUAUGUAUCAAAAUUCAAAACCAGAUUAUCUUCGGGAACUACUUAUCAGUUUUUAUUAGUGAUUGCUGGGUGCUUGAAGCAGAGUUGGUGGAGUGAUAGAAACUGAAACUGGAUUCCAACUUUAACAAAUGUGUGACAUAGCAAUGGAUCAUCUUGUUUAGGCCAAAAAAUCAG